GUAUUAUUUUAAUCAAUCUUAAAAAAAUUAAACAAAAAGAAAAUGUAAACUUGGGCAACAAAAUGUACUCAAAUUCAACGAUACAUAGCAAAGAAAAAACCUUCAUGCAGCUAACUUCUCUCUCCUCUCUCUCAUGGCUGCCGCCAAAAAGGGAAGAAGAAAACACAGUAGAUGCAGCUUCCUCUGCUCCUUUGCAAGCUGCUUCGGCGUUUCCAACAAAGUCUCCGCCGAUCAUAGCGACAGAAAAUCGGUCUCCGCUCGCCGCCACGGCGGGGGCGAUAUUCCGGUCAACGAUCCGUCGGAGACCGCGAAGACUUCGACCAGCGAAAUUCACGAUGUCGAACAACACGAAGAGGAAAAGAAGAAGAGGAUCGCAAUUUCAUCUGCAGAUCAACCAAUCAACACUAGCAAGAGACACGAAAAUCGAGAUGAAUCAAGUGCAAUAACGACGAGUUCGAUUGUAAAAUUGGUAGAAGAACAGAACGGCGCCGUCAAUCAGGCGUCGACGAGCCAACGCAAGCUGUCGCACUCGGUUUCUCUGCCUCCGCCGCAUCAGAGGAAACAGAAUCCGCCGCCUCCAGCGGCGGCGGUGGGCGGCGAAUUCGACUCGACGGUUGGCGCGGUAAUCGCGUCGGCGACUUUGGUGGUGAUGGUGAUUUGGGGCAAAUUUUGGGCGAUUGUGUGUGCGACGGCGUGGUUUUACUCCGUGCCUCGAAUUAGGGCGAAAAUGGAGGAAUCGGACGGCGAUAAAUCGAAGAGCGGUGAAAGCGAGGGUGUUGAUUUUGAUUCGUGGGAGUAUAAGGAAAAGGUUGUUUUGGAAGGAUUGCUCCAUCGAAAUCAAAAGCUAUGACUUUGAGUUGCUUUUGGAAUUUAACUUUUUUUUUGGUUUCUUUUUUAGGUUUAAUUUUGAUCAAGUUUGUUUAAAUUGGGGUGUUUGUUUUUCCCAACAUAAUCGUAUCUUCGAUUUUUCAUAUCUAAAUAUACAGAUAAAAGUUAGGCUAACUAGGAUCAUCAUUUAUGAUCACCAAGGUAGUUCAAUUCAAAGUUGAGAAUUAUUUGUUUUAUUUUACAAAUUUUGUUUUAUUCUAGUGACAAUAGCCGUUCAAAUCACGAAAUAUAUAUGUUAAUUAAUUGCAAAAUUCGGAAAAGGAAUAUGAAAUUGAAAGUUUUAAUUU